CUACCAUGCCUGAAAGUAUGAAUCAAUUAGAAGAACAUUUAUGUGGACACACUCGACAAAGACCAUUCAAGUGUCCAAUUUGCACUGGCUUGCGAUUUUGUUCUCCUGAUGCGCUAAACCGACAUUUGAUUAUCAACCAUAAUGAUUACUUUGUGGACCCUAGCGAUGGAGAUACAUGUGAUGAAAAUGAAGAAUUAAAUUUAGGAAAAGAUAAUAAUACCGCAAUAUUAUCAUACCGUGAUGUUCUCGUUAAAGGUAGAAAUAAAGAGACAGAGGAUUUUAUGGAUAGACGUCAACAACAUGAUCAGGCUGUACAGGUUGUUAAAGGUAGUGUCAACGAAAAUAAAAAGGCAGAGGAUUUUAUGGAAAGACGUCGACAAAAUGAUCGGGCUGUGCAGGAAUUAUUGUAUAAGGCAAUGGAAGCUAUGUCAUUAUCGUCACUAAAAUAUGAAAAAUAUGAAGAAUAUGAAGAUUAUGAUUUGGAAAACUACGAUGAUUUACCUGAUGCACCACAAGAAGAAUUGACUGAGGACCAACAGGACCGACUUAUGUUGAAGACAUUCUGUAGAACUUACGAAGGUACAAAAGCUGGUGAAUAUUUUAGUAAAGCCUUUGAAAUAAUGGAAAAAGGAUUCUAA